GUGAUGGUACAUCUCUUUCCUUCCCAGAGCGAAUCGAUCCAUAAAAAAAAAAAAUAAUUCAAGAUCGAAGAGAACUAGGUGGAUACUAUGAAAUAAUCCAGCAGUGCAUGGAGUAUGAUAUUGAUAAUGACAAAGGCAAUUAUCAUGGUCAUGACCUUGGCAUAGCAUGGCAUGGCAUGAUGGCAUAACAUAGCAUAGCAUAGUUUAUAAAUAACAGCUUGUGAAUGAUGUUCGGAUGCAUAGUUCGUAGACACGAGUGAGGAAAAAGGAAAAGGAAGAAAGGAAGGGCUGGAUGGGAGAAGGGGGAAGCAUGUGUUACCCAAAAAAGAACAAAGUCAAAGCAGACACACUUUUCCAUCUGUCCUUCCAUGCCCUAUCUCACCUCCAUUCCUCAUUUGCUUCAAGAUAUCCUUUGUCCCUCUUUCUGUUUCGUCUUUGCUUCUCUCCCUUACCUUUCUUUACUUCUGUUGCUCUAUUUCUAAUCCCUUUAUUUCUAUCCUAUUUCUAUCUCUCUAUUUCUAUUCUUCUAUUAUCCUCAAGUCCCUACCCUCGCUUCUUUCUUUGUUGCAGCAGCUUAGCCCUGCUAAUUCAUAUUUUCUCUUCCUUGUGGCAGGAACAUCCCUUGAUCCUCAUCUCUCUUUAUUUCAUUUCAUUUUAUCCUUCCUUGUCCUUCCUUGUCCUUCUUUGUCCUUCCUUGCCCUUCCUUGCCCUUCCUUGUCCUUCCUUGUUCGUUACUUUUCUUGUUGAUCUAAUCAGCUGACAAAGAAGGUAAAAAUGUUACGCCACCAAACAUUUGCAUAGAACUAAGACUCUUUCUUCUAUCUCCAAUCAACAUCUUGUUCUCUAUCUCUACCUUUUUCAAAUAAUGUCCAUUUGUGAGAGCAUGAGUCAUAAAAGUUGAAUGACAAAGGU